AUGUCUUUGGUCGAUGUGCUCAUCGUUGGCGGCGGCCCAUCGGGUCUUUCUGCUGCGCUGACUCUGGUCCGCCAGAAACAUUCCGUUCUUCUGUUCGACACUAGCGAGUGUCGGGCUGCGCCCUCUUACCUCCUCCAUGGCCAUAGCGGCUCGGACAACCAGUCCCCGGCUGACUACCUCAAGCACGCUCGUGGUGAACUGGAGGCCUACUCAAGUUUCGCCUUAAGUAGUGUCAACAUCACAGGCUUGGCCAAGAUCAAUGGCGGGUUCCAAGCCACCGACGAGACUGGAACGAAAUACAUGGGCAAGAAAGUUAUCCUGGCUAGUGGCGUUGUUAGCAUAUUCCCUAUCAUUCGAGGUUAUGUGGACUGCUGGGGCAAGGGAAUCAACCACCAAGUUCAGGUUACUGACCCUAUACGCACCAACUUCCACAACCUCUUCGCGCAGGCAUAUCAGGAAGAUACGUCGAAAGUCCACGCCGGUGUUCUUGCUGUCGACUGGAUCGCAAUGCCGCAGUUCACCUUCUACCUGUCGCACAUGGCCACGCAGGUGGCCAACUCCGUUACCAUCUACACGCAUGGAAACGAAGAGCUGGCAGCCACCCUUGCACCCACCCUCGAGGGCAAGCCAUGGAAGACCGACACUCGCAAGAUCGCCAAGCUGGCACUUAAGUCGUCCGGAGACACCGCGGUCGAAAUCACCUUCGAGGAUGGCAGCACGGCGACAGAGGCGUUCAUCGGCCACAGUCCGAUGGCGACGGUUCGCGGUCCCUUUGCCGAGCAGCUGGGCCUCAAGCUAUCGCAGACUGGCGGCGAGUACGAGGUCUUUGGACCUUUCAACCGCACGAGCGUCAAGGGCGUGUUCGCGGCUGGGGAUGCCGUGACUAUGUUCAAGGUGUGGCCGAACGCUGUUGCGAGCGGAGCGCAGACGGCGUCGGGUGUCGCUAUCAAUCUGCAGGAGGAAAAAUGGAAUCUCCCCCCUAUCUUCCCUUCGGAGUAG